ACCGUGGCCGUUCAUCGGACCCUGCUCACACCAUCAAAAUUCUCAUUAUUCCAUAUUAUAUUUGUUUACGCUCGUUGCGCUCUCACUGGGCAGCACUUGGUUUUCUGAAAAGAAUUCUUUCAUUCCACACGGGGUUGUGGUGGCUGACCCGCACACAUCCACAGUAGUGGCUCUUCGAUCGCGGAUUCCGAGAGAACGAUGCGAGAGAAAGCUGAUUUCCGUGGGAGAUGUGCGCGAUCAUUGCUCAGUCGCGCAUAUUGCGUGAGCUCGAUUAUUGUUAUUAAUAGUGUGGGAGCGAACUUCUGCGCCAGCCAGCAGCGUGAGCGAGCUCUUUCAGUGAUCAUUUUCAUUCAAGCCACACGCAACGGUUGAGCGUGGUACAGGUGGUGUGGGGAUUGGCGGGGAUCAAAAGCUCUCUCUCGCUCUCGCGAAAUUGCACCACCAGAGGGAUGUGUUGGUGCGUGAUUUGAGGUGAGCGAGAAAGAGAGCAACUGUAAAAGACCUGUUGGGCAGGUUUCCUGGAUCCCGAGUGAGCGUGUAUGGGUGUUGUGUGUGCAGUACCGGAGAGUGUGCUCUGAGCUACAGAAGGUAUAGUCGAAACGAUCCAGCUAGACUCCAGAACUCACCAGUCUUGCUGAAGAUUUCGUUACGAGUAGUCCAUCUUUUCGUUCGCGCUUCGCGAGUGUUGAUCACUUGAAUUUGAGGGACAGAGCAGUAGUUUCGCCCCCGUUGGUGUACCAGCAGCGGGUGUCAAAUAAAUCAGCGAAUCGGACUUCGUCGUCGGUAGGACGCGACGAUCUGCUAAGAGUCCUCCGCGGAUGGUGUGUGAUUGUGUAGUUUCCGAGCGGUGGAUUACCGAUCUUUUCCGGAGCAACGAAGACUCUCGCAAGUAUUGAUCGUGAUCGUGUUUGGAUUUGACUUUUGUUUGGGUUUUGUUUUUUUCGGAAAGUUCAUACUCCGAGAACAAUCAAUUGUGGACUCUGCGACGGGGAGUUGUUUUUGCUGGUGAAAAUCGGAAGAUCGUGAGUGAGCGUAGAAACGAGAAGGGCGCAAACAGCGAUGAUAACAGUUAAUUGUUGAAAAUCUCAGUCCUCGGGUUAAGAAGAUUUCGGGUUUUGUCUGUGCCUUCUUCUUCGGUGCAGAGGAUUAUUUUUUGGCUGAGGAAAGUGUAACACGAGAUUCGCCGCCGUGGUAGAGACGAGGUGGCGUACUUAAAAGUCGUUUAAAAAUCCGCCACCUGAGGAGAGACAGAGAGCAGGCGGAGAUAGACAGGCCAAGAGUUGAAAAGCAGCUUGAAAAGUCGACGGGCAGAUAAGGCGAGAGAAGCCAAAACCCAUCCAAGGCCCGUCGCACUUCUACGAGACCUGGAAAGGCGCGCGCGCACGCUCGUCCAGAGUUUGGUCCAACAAGCGAAAAAGGGCUUUCGAAAAGGAGAAGCGGCCGGACGGACGGACGAACGAACUAAAAAAUAUGAAAACGAGAUAGUUUCAAAAGAGCUACCCCGGGACAGCGCGCACAAAACAGAGAGAUGUUUUCGAAAAACGGCCGCCACCAAGGACCGGCGGAGGCACGGUGACGCAAAGCCCAAGAUCAGCUCCGGACCAAGCCACAGGGAGAGAGCCAAUGUGGUGUCUUUUAUGAAUAAUUAAACAUAUGGAAAGUGUUGAGUGGAGCAAUCGACGACGAAGGCAAAGACGACCACGUCCGACGGCAGUUCGGUAAUUUGAGAUGUGAACUGGGCGAAGAAUUUGACGAAGAAAAGUUUUCAUUUUUCCAUCGACCGGUUGUUAUUAGAGUUCAAGAAGAGAUUCCAGUGAAGUUCAAGUACUGAAACUUGUACAAUUUUGAUCGCCCUUGUUGGGUUUCUAGUGCUGACCAACCGAAGACAAACCAUACGCAGUAAUUCGUUCUACGGCAAAUGCGAAGAAUUCUCCGGUUCCGAUCGAGAGGUGAAGUUCAAGCGAAGAAGAGAGAUAAGCGAAAAAUUCUUUUAACUGGGAAGAAGUUGUGGGUGUAAGAAAAGAUAAAAAGAGCUGAAAUAAGCUGAAAACAAACGUGAAACCCGAGUUUUGCCCGAGAAGAAAAGAUCUCUGCGAAGAAGCUGUGGAGAAGAGGCAGAGAAAAGGUUAAAAGUUUGCUUGCCGAGAAAAAAACAAAUCUGUUGUGAACCAUAAUUGCGAUAGUAAUAACCACAAAAUUGUGAUAAUCUAUAUAUGAUCUUGGGGGCAAAGAGUGAUCGUGAGUCGCGGAGGAGUGUACCAAGUAAGAACGAGAACAAGCAGCUCCAUAAAUUGCACUUGGGGCAAGGGGGAAUACCAUCAAUAAGAAUCUCUAAUAAUGUGUAAUUUUUCAAAACAUAUCAUAAUAACACUCGGCGGAAAAGUUUGCGAUGGACCAUAUCGGCGAUCGGCCAACCAGCAUCGUGUAGUGACCAUCCUAUCCGCGUCAACAAGUGUGUAACAAGCGAAGAGGUUUAAUAGGAUUGUAAAAAGUUUAUCACUCGAAUAAAUCAAUUAUAAAUCGAGACAGCUGCAGCAUUCGGCAUCUUCGAGGAGGCUGCUGCUCUACGAUCGUGUUUCCAGCCUAGCAGCAUCAGCAUAGGCGACAGAGAGCGCAAACGAGGACCAGAGCGAGGGCCGCGCAAAAUGUUUGACGUUCGUACCGUGGAAGCCGGUGGAAGUUGUGAUCAAGAUCGUGAUAGUGAUACAAUGUCAAUCACAGCGAGACGACGACGUGCAUUUCAACGGCAGGCCUGUUUAUUGAGCGUUAUGGCUGCGUUUUCCCUGGGGCUGGCACUUGGCGUGUUUGUGCCACUAAUUGGAAUGUCACAAGCGGUGACGAAAGGAUCGGGUGAUACUGGUGGAAGUGGAGGAGGAAGUGGUGGCGCUAGUAUAGACAGCGAUGAAUCUGGACAUCUACCUCUCGGAAGGUUCGAGCACUUGCCACAUAAGCUACCCCAUUUUCCAACGAUCGAUGAUCUUCGGGGGAAGGAUUCAUAUAAUUCGGUGUCCUUUAUCGCGGAAGAGAAGCUGAAAGCCGAAGAUGUAUUUCGGCAUGCAUUCCACAUUGACCAACGUGACGACAAGGAUACAAUGGUGAUCAAAAAAUUCGAUCCUGAGGAUCGUUACAUCAAGGAGUAUACAGUUCGUCGAACAGCUGAUGGUCUGUUCCACAAGGGUCCCGAAAAGAAACUAUCUCAGCCAUCGAUCAUCGAUCAGAUCCUUUCCUCCGGCAAACCAGAGGACGAUAAUCCGGAUGGACCGGUGAUCGACAUCGUCAGUCAAAAUUUCGACCAACAAGACUCGGAAGAUCCGGACGGUGUCAUUCUGAAUGACAUCUAUUGGGGAUCUACGGUCGAAAAUGCCCUACCCGGUGGCUUCGGAAAACGGCAAAGUGACUCCUGGACCCGCUAUCUCCAAAACGCUGAAGUCGAUCACUUAGAAGUGGGCUGCGGGAGAAUGCAGAACCGCAUGGUAGUUUUCCGCGAUGGCACCCGAGCCUGUGCGCGAUAUCGCCAAAACACCGACCAAAUUCAAGGUGAACUAUUCAGCUUCUAUCUAGGUCAGCUGCUAAACAUCACAAACCUCGCACCAAGCGCAGCAUCAAUCAUCGACAUGGAAACCAAAUUAUGGUCCUCGGUAACGGACGACAUUUCCAACUCUCAGUGGAAGUCCACCAAACCGGUCGUCAUAACUAAAUGGAUUGGAAACCUUGAACCAGCCGGAAUUCCCAAACCUUUCCAGCCUCUAGAACGACAUCUCAACAAACUAGAUAUAAGGAACAUCACCGAGGGACUUGAUCUACCCAAACCACCCAAAACCCUCCUGGAUCACCUCGGUGCCACACAGCCCCCCGAGCUGCAACCCAUCCGGCCACCGGGAGCUCCCCUGGGCGAUUCCGUCCUCAAGCGCCUGGUUGAACUGGCCCAGUGGUCGGACCUUAUUGUCUUCGACUACCUGAUAGCCAAUCUCGAUCGGGUAGUAAACAACCUGUACAACUUCCAGUGGAAUGCCGACAUCAUGGCUGCUCCAGCGCACAACCUGGCCCGCCAGAGUGACUCGCAGCUGCUGGUGUUCCUGGACAACGAGUCCGGUCUGCUGCACGGCUACCGGUUACUCAAAAAGUACGAAGCCUACCAUGGGCUUCUGCUGGACAAUUUGUGCGUCUUUCGGCGAUCGACGAUCGCCGCCCUGCAGCACUUGCGGGACAACAACGUUGGCCGGCGGCUGAACGAACUGUUCGAGCGGACCACGACGGCCAAGAUACGGGACGUGCUGCCACCGCUGCCGGAGAAAUCCGUCAAGAUACUAGUCGAUAGGAUUGAUCGAGUGUUAGGUCAAGUGCAAAAAUGUCGUGAAAUUUUCUCCAACCGAUAGCCCGCGCCCGUGCCCAUGUUGCAGCGGUUCCAAGGCAGCAACAGCAGCAGUACGGAGAUGCGAGCAAACGGCGAUGCGGAUGUCGGAGGUGCGGAGACGCUGGUCGUGUUCAGGAAAGUUUCUGUAUAGCUGCGGGAUCCCUUUCUUCGUGUCUCGUCCGGUUCCAGCGGUGAGAGGUGCCCCUUCCACACCGGAGAAAGCAUCGUUUGUUUAGUGAGCCGUUUUGUUGUUUCGUUUGUACACAGAUUUAUUUUUGUUUAUCUGUUGUCGCGCUUCAACUCCUACAACUGUCCUGCCGCUGGGGUCCGGGGAUCCCAGAACCAAAGCGAGAAGGCGGGCGGUGCCACCCCCCUGGUCGAGAGCGGUGUGUCCAGGUGACCUCGAGGAAUCGACGAUACUCUGUGUGUUGCUUGUAAGUUUUUGUUUGUUGUUGUUUUGUUUUUUAAUGUUUCGAAGGGCCAGGAGAUUUAGGGGACUUAUCGCGAUUUCGAGCGCUCACAGAUCAAGUCAGGUUCAAGGGAGGAAGUCAAGUCACUGAAGAGUGCGGAAAAGGGCGAACGCGAAAGACAAAGAGAGAGAUUGAAAGACAAUAUAAAAUAGUUUUUAGAGCUCAGAAUGGAAGAAAGCAAAACGACGACGGUGAGGGAUGAAAUGAGAGAGAGCGAAAGAGAUACAGUAGGUACCUAUCUGUGGAGUGCUAGAGGAAAAUAUUGUAUAUUUAUAGAAAUUGUUGCAACUCGGGGAGGGAAAACGGAUGAAGGCGCCAAUAAUUGGCGACGACGACGACGAACAAGUUGAGGACGACGGACGACUUAAAUGACGACGAUGACGGCUGGUGAGCGCUGUCCGUUCGGGGCUCUUAAGACAGCUUCUGUUUGGCCCUGCUGAUGGGAAUUGUGAUGAGACUCUGUUGAGGGUCGACUUCGAUCUCUGGUUAUCGGAGAGGCAAAUUUCAGCGCAGCUGGUGGCAUUCGGACAGCGGAAUAACAGAUUCGGUUGUAAGCGCUUUUUUUGGAAAGUGGGGUGGCUUGGUGAUUAGAAAUAUGUGCAUUGUUUGGGUCUUUGGACCGAAGCAGGAUGAUUAUCCAUAAUUUUCGACGGCAAAUUUUAUUUGACUGAACGUCGAGGCCUCUCCGGCUGCCGAUUCCCACCCAGCUCGGAUUGGGUGAACACCGUAAUUGAAUGUGGCGGUGAAUGGAGAUGAAUGGUGCGAACGGAGAUUGUUUGGUGCACUGUAUGGCGGAAUCGGGGAUGAGAAAAUGCCGAUUUACACACAUGUCGUUUUGAGGAAUCGAUAGUUUUGGAUGAUUGCUUUUGGCUAACAAUCUAUUAGUAAAAUGCUUGCUUUGCUGGUUAUUCUGUUCAUUUGGGCUAUAGAAACGGCUUACGAAUAUUCAGUUGAUUGAUACAUCUGGCACAUAGGUCUAUUGUAUCGGAUACUGGGACGCAGUACCAGUUUAAUUGAUGGUUUAUUCAUAUUAGAUUGUAAAUUGUUAUAUUGAAUUGACAAAACUUUAAUGAAUUACUAGAUAUGAUUUUCCUUAACAGCGGUUGCCUAAUUUACAAUAGAGAUAUACUAUUUGCCUAUGAGACUUCAUACCACUGCCCUAAGGACCUUCCAUUCAUUGGACUGGUUUGUGAAAACCUGAAUGUAUAUUCUUGAAAACUAAAUUGUUUAUUCUUACUGUGUAGAUAAUGUCAGUUCAGGAAUUUUCAAUUCUUCAGUAUAUUCUCUGGACUUGGUAUUACUUCUUAAAACUUGUUGGUUGUAAAUGUUUGGUUGGUAAACUGAUUUUUGUAUUCUGAAAUGUUUGCAAAAUUUAAGAAGAUUCAUGAAUUGUGCUAAAUGUGUCUUACCAAUAGGUUUUCAAAUAUUGAUUCAUUCUUCAAUUUCAUUCAAAUAUGGUUUCAUUCUACAAAAUGAACAGGAAAAACCUGAAUCAAAUUCAAAGCUUAAAGCAGAAUGCAUGUGGAAGGGUUCAGUUAAUUACCAGAUUUUAUUUUUUGUGACUUUUUUUAGUUUUAGCUGUAUUUUCCUUUUUUAUUAUUUGACGAAUAGCUUCUUAGCCUAUUGGAUUGCAAUAGCACACUGCGCUAGCUGAAUAAAUUAUGUUUUGCAUCCAUUAUCGAAAUUUAGAAAAUUACAUAAAAAAAUCCACGUUGUUCAUUCAGCAAACUUUUGUUGUGCAACUAUCACUGACUGAGAUCUUUGUUCAUAUUAUAUUCUUUGCAUCGUGUAAAGGCAACUAGAAGUUGCAUACUCGCCGAUGUCAAUGAAAUUAACAUUCUGAACAGAUCUUGUACCGUUUCGGGAAUUGGAUUCAUUUUAGGAUUGGUAUUACUGUGUAGACACACGUUUAAAGGGGUUUGCAGACCUGUUGUCUCACGGAGAACUAUUUGCGAACACCUACGUGGAGUCCUUAGGUAUUUUAAGAGAAUCUAUCUGAACAUUGUUCAAAUGCCUGCUAUCGAAAUGUUGCCUACUGUAUGAGUUCACUUUUUUAUUCGAUGAUACAUGUGGGCUGCAUCGUUUUAACUUUUUUAUAAUUCAAAUCAGAAAUCACUAUUCUCUAAUCCUACAAUCGUAGUGGAAAGCUCGACAUACUACAUUUUCUGGAUUGUUAAUUACCUGAGAGACUUUUUGAAAAUACCCGACAAGGUCCUUUAUGAGUAUGGUCACGAAUGGACCGAACCUAUUUUAACCGGUUGCAUUGCUUUCCAGUUGUUUUUUUGUGUAUGACAGGUCCUAACUUAAAAAUUAGUCUAGUCUACACUUACACAUACAUGUAUGUGUAAAAAAUGUAAAUAGAAUCCUGAAAAAAGAUUGAAUUGACUACUUCUAACACUUUUCAUGUCAAUAUCAAUGCUUGCAGUACAUCGGCGAUGCAAUUCAAUAAUUGAAGUGACCAAUCUUACUGUGCAGCGUCUUGCUGUGGAUAUUAUUGUCACAAUAAUAGUAUUUAGUAUAAAUAUGAAUUAAAUACGUUGGGAGUGACUUUGCUAAGAAAGUUAAUGUCACUCCGUCGAUGCUCUUUUUCCUGGAAUUGGACAUGAAAAUUUAACCCUUAUGCCUAGGCUUGAAAGCCUAGACUUAGGCGCCGGUACUCGCUCUCAAAAACGAGAAAAAAAGUUAAGUUAUCCCAUCCCUAAGUACGUAUGAUAUAAUAUGUUUAUUUAAGUGUAAAAAUAUCAGAAGGAAUGAUAACGAGCAUCACAAUCGAGAUUGUGAUGUCCAACUAUACAGUUCAAAUCAGAACGAACUCACCAAAUUAAUCAAUUCCAGAGCGCAAUACGCCAUCCCUUUGAUCAGCCAAACUGAUUCGCUUGAAAUGAUUCUCAAAAACUGUUACAAUCAGCCAUUAACAACACCAUAUUUGGCACGCAUGCUAGGUUCCGGAACGUUUCAGUGUACCUUGAUGUACACUAUUCGUGGCUGAGUGUUCCUAUCGAUUUUAUUUUCAUUAUCCCGCGUUUCAUUGUUUAUUAGAAAGUUCAACAUAGGUGAGUUUAUAACACGAAAUCGAAAAAUACGGACGCGAUAGAAAAAAUGAUGGCAGAACAUUUCAAAACGUCAAGUUGUCAAGCAGUUGCCCAACUGUCAAAAUGUGAUUUAAAAAUCUGUUUGUAAUUGAUUUUAGGUGUCAAAAUAAAGGAAAAAGAUGCCCUUUCGUAUUAAAUGUUAACUGUUUAGUCGGUUGAACCACACGCGGAGACGAAAUAAAACGUGACAAGCGUUUUCAAAACACAUCCCAGGUUCUAACUUGAACCUUUAAUCUUCCAAAAAUAGCUGAUUUGAUUGAAAAACUACUCAGAUAUUAUCGUGCUAUAGAAGUUUGGGUUGUGGCAAUAACUUAGAAAUAUGCUUUCUCAAAUGUAGAUGCGCCCAAAAUUAGUAGCGUCGACUCCAGUUAUAGUUACAUUGUAGUGCAAAAUUGAUCAGCCAAACGCUGGUUUUCAUUCGAAAUUGAUAACUUUGAGAUGCUGUAACUAUGGUUAGCUAGCUUUGAUGAAUUGAGGUCAAAUUUUGACACGAAACUUCAAAUACAUAUUUGUAUAUGCUGAAUUUUUCGUAUACGAAGUUACAAUGUAUGUAUUCGUACAUUUGAGAGAGGUCGGGGGUAUAGAGUUGUUUAAACAGGUGUUUCCAGACAUUUAUCCUCCAUCCACGUCGCCACUAUCAAGACAAUCUUUAGCGCAAUCUAAAAUAUUUUAGUUGCACAAGAAUUUUAUCAAAAAUAUGUUGUUUUUGGGAAAGCAUACCAUCAAUAAUAAUCAAAGGUUAAUCUCUGGCAAACUUUUUUUGAGGAUCUGUAAAGAAUCUGAAAACCCGCAAAUAACUUCAGAUACGAACCGAGAGUCUUGACAAUACCUUCACUCAAUUGCAUCAAGAACUAUACUAGAAAUUCACUAAUGGUUUCAUUACACAUGUCAGAGAAGAGUCACGGCAGCACCAGUUCAAGGUAGAUAUGAUUGUAAAAAAAUUGGUUUUGACUUUUAGGGACUUUUUUCUCUAUUGUCGUGAAAGAUUUUGCAAACCUUAUUGCACUCAGCAACUCCUGCUGAAUUCGAUAGAGAUUUGACGCGAUUUUUUUUUUUCAAAAUACAUGCUGUAACUACAAUCACCAAGGUCCAACAUACAAGAGAAAAUGCAUAUUUGAUUUGCUUAUUGUUCCAUUAAUUACAUUUUGGCCGAUUUACAAAUUAGAAAUUUGAUUUUAUUUCGUGAUUUAUUUUUGCCGGUGGGUCACGGAAAGUACAUCAUGACGGCGAGGGGAAUCGCUUAACCGAAAGUUUGGGAACUUAUGCUGUAAGCUAUAUAAAGCUACCGCAUUAUGGAACUAUGACAGGUUGUAUAAUAUAAAGUGUCAUAUUUCGGCAUCGUAAUUUUCUAUACUACCUUCUUUUCUAUACUAGUGCAGAUAGAAAUAAGUUGCAUAAUUACAAAGAAUUUAUUUUUGUUCAUUAUUAGCAUUGUGCAUCUUAAAUGUCUAUAAAUAUAUAAAAAAGAGUUGAUUUUUUUCUCAGCUUCAUGAAUUUCGUACAUUAUGCACAUUCACAGUUUUUAGGGGACAUCCAUAAACCACGUGACCACCCAGGGGGAGUGAGACUGCAAAGAACGCAACAGUUGUCAAACAACUACAACCAAAAUGGCAAAACUACGUCUGUCGGGACAGCAAAUUAUCAAUAAAAAUAUUUGUUGUUUCAACUAAUCAUUUGGGUUGUUUGAAAUGGUUCGAAGUUAAAAUGACAUUAACUGAUAAACUUAACAACAAACAAAAAUGUUAUUCCGAAUGAAUGUUUGUAAAAACUAAGACCGACCAAAUAUUAUUUUUCUUUUAUGUUCGAGACCUCUCAUCGUGUACAAGGAGGGGCAGGGGGACAAAAAUUGAUUAGGAACAAAAGCCAUUGAAAAAUUGAAAACUAUACCCACUAUUGAAAAAAUAUUUUCAGCUAUUAAAAAAUUGUUGCUUGAAACGUGUUUUUUUUAUUGAAAACCAAAUAAAAUAAAACAAAAAUCAUUACAUAAGGCUGAUACAAAUUUAUUUUUCACUUUUUGUCUCCCCCCCUUCAAAAUUUUUUGGCUGGAUUUUGCAUUUUGAGGGGGCAGAUAAAAAAUAUUUAUUAAAAUUACGUGUUUUGCUAAAAAUUCUUUAACAAAUCCGAUGUGUUUUUAAUAUUUUUCAGAUUAAAUGUUUUAUUAUUUUUAUCCCCCCCCCCUCGACCAGCCAAAGGCUGGUGGGACAAAAAGUGAAAUAAAUAUUUGUAACGGCCUAAUAAAACGUUACAAAUUAAAACGAAAGUCGUGAACUUUUAUUAACGACUGUAAUGUCUGAAACCUAAUUACAUGUUAAUUUCUCUACCGUGUCUUACAAAAUGUUCUGUAGAACAUUUUUUAAGACUUACCUGAACAUUGAGUUCUAUAAUUUUGAAAAUUAGAAUUUAUUUUAAUUUGAAUAUCACCAAUUUCAAUCUUUUUGUAUAAAUGAAAAGAUGAAUGUAAUUUGUUUCGACUAUCUGCGAUGUCCUACUGGGUUCCAGUCUAACGCUUGUUUGCAGAUUCGUUUCCACCCCUACGUAGAGUGUGGCCGACCCACCUCCACUUUCGCUCCCGAAUUUCUGUCGCUAUCGGCUUUUGAUGACAUCGACGAUGGAGCUUCACGUUGGAGAGCCAAUUGUGUGACCACCAUGCACGAUUUAUAAACCGCAGGCAUCUAUUGAUGAAGACCUGCAGCCGUUGAGUGUUCUCCACUGAUACACACCAGGUUUCACUAAUACGCCAGUGUCUUCACGUUCGAGGAAAAUUCGGAUUUUGGUGCGUCGACUAAUCUGGUUGUUUUUCCAUACAUUUCCUUAACUCGCAAAAGCAGCCCUCGCCUUCUUGAUCUGUGCACCUAUGUCGAUCUUGGUGCUGGUGGUUAAGUGAUUGAAUAAUAAAAAAUAAAGAGCUACUCCUCCUUCUUCUCUUCUCAGCAAAUUGCAAGCAAACUGAUGUACCGCUGCGCUGCUGUAGACACUUGACAAGGCAAAAUUGACUUCAAACUAUUCAAUUGUGCAAACAUGUAGUAUACCACCUUAAAGUUGGUUCAGAUUAUGCUAUGUUCGCUAUGUAGUGCUCUCACUUAGUAGCAACUGUUUCAAAUAUCAGUAUUUUUUUUUAUUUGAACUUCAUAUUCAUUGAUAAGUUAUUUUAAGUGUACCUUCCUUUCAAAUUUUUCUUCUUGUAAAACUUCUUUUAAAAACUAUAUUUUAACGGAACUUCAAGGUAUUGCAAUCAACUUAUGGAAACUUGAAAGAUCCAAUCAAGUUUCGAUAUGCUCUUAAGUAGUUUUCAAGCAGCUCAAGACGCUACAUAUGAGCUUUGUUGAAACUUCUGCAUAAAUUUAGUCACAUGUCCUACUAAUUUUGUAUGAUUUUCUACAGAAUCCCCGAUAUACUUAAAAUGUAUAUUUUUUCCAACAGCGUCAUUUCGGUUGUCUGCUUCAUACAUAACAAGGUCACACUAAUUUGAGCUGACUCAGAAAUUUUCACGUGCGCCCAAAAUACCUUUCCCUCGAAAGAAACCAAUCGCGUGAUCUCCGGGCUCCGCAAGAUUUGCACAACAAAAUCACAGUAUCAACUAACUUGAACGGGCGGGCGGUUGCUGACGUUAGUCCGCUCUGUGUCUAGCUCUACCGAAACCACUUCCCUUCCCACUCUCCACCAUAUCGCCGCAUCAUCCAUCAACCAACAGGACCAGUGUCUAUAAUCGCCCGUCACCUGUCUGCGCGCGCCACUGCUACCUACCUACCAACAACCUAUUCCCGAACAAACCGAACCAUCCGCUGAACCCCCUCGAAUUGAGCCCACCAAACCAACCGACCGCGGACCCCGAUUGCAUGCCGACGGGGGAGAAGGCGAAAAAUUUCAUGAAGCAUAAAAAAUAUCGCACACAGCUCUCAUCCGUGUGGCAGGCAGCACCACCACCGCACCGGUCGCGUUCCCUUCUACCGAACGGAGACGGUCACCCCGCGCAGUAAAGUUCAAUACUCAUGCUGCUACAUGCGCUCACAUUUUCGUGUGGCCUGUUGUUGGGAGAUGAUGAUGGGUGGAGCGAGGGGGACGACCCCUGGCCACAGAAAACACGAGCAUGAACCACCACACACUGACUGAGGCUCUGCUGAGGAGGGUUCUCCUCUCGCGUCGUCGGCGUCGUCGUCGUGGUUAGGAUGAUGGCCGAUGAUCGGGUCCCGGCCCGGCCCGGGACCCGGUCCAGGGAUGCAAAGCAGGAGCAAUGGGUUGGGAACGCACGAAUGACGCGACGGGGGAUGUAUGGUAUGUGCACAAUGUAAUUGUUUUAAAGCCGGCUGGCUCUGCUGAGACUGAGACCCUUCGGCUCUUGGAUGAGAGGGGCUUCUGACGGUGAGGUCUACCACAUGCACUACCACUAGCAGCAGCAACAGCGGCAGCAACGUUUGACUGGCAACUUUUUUCCCGGGUUGACAGUGCACGGUGGGAAAAAGUGGCGGGAAAAAGUCAGGUUCACUGUCCCCGACACUCUCAAGCUGUCUUUGUUGUAAAUUUCGCACGUUUUAUUCGAGAGAACCAAAUAUUACCUACGGUUCAUGUUCAUUUUUAAAGUUAUCUUGUAAAGCGGAACUGAUUUGAUGUUCAAUGUUCCUGUAAGAUUUUGCAAAUUGAAAAGGCCUCAGAUUGACAAAUUCUAGUUGCUCUUAAUUGGAAUCGUAAUAAAAUCCAAUGCGAUAUACCCACCAAAAAACUUUCAAGAAGUGAAAGCUGCUGAAUAAAAGUAAAAGUUAGCUUAAGAGAACCUAUUAGCUGGACUGGAAUGCAAUGAUACCAUGUUGGGAAUACUUUACACUUAACUUGGAUAACUGAACUUCUUCAAUAAAACUUUUUCGCGCUACAUUGUCCUAUAUCUUCAGCAAUAAUACAGUGGUGACUCCAUUUUGUCUACCUCCAAUUUUGUCAGCCCCUUUAAACUAAGAAAAUGAAAGUGUGUUUCACACAGCAUCGCCAUUUUAAAACCAAUAUUAGUUCAGUUGAUGUCUUUCGACAGCAUGUGGCCAAAUAUGUUUGACAAACUAACACAUUCGUACAACUUAAGCGCCCAAUCCUAUUCAAUGUUUAUGAACAAGGUUUUAUCGUUUCAAACUGCUGACAAAGCAUUAUAGAUUAUUUUUUUCAACCCAGCAAACAUUACUGAGAUGUACAAACAACUUAAAAAAUAGCAGAUAAAUUUCAUUUUAUAAAAGUUCACUUUAAAGAGUUUCUUGUACAAAAUACUGAAUACAAGCUUCAUACUGAAAGCAAGCUGUAAAUUUAAAAUCUAAUAGAAAAUGUGGGCGAUAUGACGGGAUUCUUGUGUUACUUCGAGUUCGCAGUAACAAAAUGACAUCCAUCGCUUUCCACAUAAUUCUUCAUCGGAUUGUAAAAUCACAGGUUGUCUACAGUGCGGAGCUUGCUUGCAACUUUGCGCGCAAGAAAUUCUUGAAUGUGAAAUCGGAUGAAAUGAAAUAAAAAUUUAAACGUUCUAAUAUUUACGUCAAAAGGAUAUCCAUUGAGUACAUUACGCAUAGAGGAGAGAGGGGUUCUGGUAAGUGUGACAAGUAAUGCAUUAGGUAUAGGAAAACCCCGUACAAAAGGGGGGAGGGAGUGACACAUUCUCAAAUUUUGAGUGACGUGCGGCGGAGUUUUUGCAAUUUCUUUCUGUGCAAGAUAUAUAAUCUAACAUUUCAACUGUGUAGUUACCAAUGGAACAACACAAUUGUCAAUCGUUCCCUGUAAAUGUGUUAAUAAGUAAGACGUUCUCAAAUAUGUGCCACUGAGGUAAUCACUUCUUUUACUGAAAAUUGUCCCAAUAUGGAAAAAUGCAUAACUUGCUUCUUCUUUCCAGAGGUAGACCUGAAAAGAUUCAUCUGAAAGCUAAUGCUGAAAUUUGCAGAUUAACUGCUAGAAUUUCUUCAUGAAUUGCUGCUGCUAUUCUUCCAGGGUUUAACUUUUUUUUAUCUUAGAUUACUUAUGAAAUACACUGAAAAUUCCUAUUGGAAACUUUUCAGGAAUUCAUAGUGGGAAUCCUCAAGACAUUCUUGCUGCGAUCCUGGCAGUGAUGUAUGCCAGGAUUUUGCGAGAAAUUCUACUUGUGUUCCUAAAGCAACACCUCUAGGACUUCUUACAAAAGUUCUUCCGGGAAUUUCAAAAAACGUUUAUUCAGAUUUACUAGGUCUUCCUCCUGUGAUACCUUAUCUAUUGAAAACUUUCUUGGGAUUCCUUCAGCAACUCCUGCCGAAAAUGCUCGAGAAGUUCUUGCUGAUAAUCUUGCAGGGCUUUCUCCAGAUAUUUAUGUAGGAACUCCUCAAGUGAUAUAUCCAGAAAUUUAUGCAGGGAUUUCUCUAACCUCCACCUAAAAUUAAUCCGUUUAUUUAUCCAGGAACUUGUAUAGGGAUUUUCCUAAGGAUUCUUUAAGGAAUUCCUCUAUGCAUUUCCUAAAAAAAAUCUACUGUAAUUUUUACCGGAGAUUCAUCUGAAGAUUUUUUUUAAACAAACUCUAAGGAUGCCUUCAGUUAUUUAUCCAGGACUAAAGCACUUCAUCCUGAAAUUAUUCUGGUAAUUUCUGCAGAAUUCCUCAGUUACCCUAUGGUUUUCCCUAUGGAUUUCCCGAAGAUAUCUUUUGGGAUUACAAGGGCCCAUAUAGCCGAGGCGGUAAACGCACGGGAAUUCAGCAUGACCAUGCUGAGGGUGACGGGUUCGAUUCACGGUCAGUCCAGGAUCUUUUCGUAAAGGAAAUUUCCUUGACUUCCUUGGGCAUAGACUAUUUUCUUGCCUGCCACAUGAUAUACACAUGCAAAAUGGUCAUUGGCAGAGGAAGCUCUUGGUUAAUAACUGUGGAAGUGCUCAUAGAACACUAAGCUGAGAAGCAGGCUUAGUCCCAUUGAGGACGUUACGCCAAGAAGAGGAGAGGAGGAUCUUUUGGGAUUCCUCCAGAAAUAUAUCUGGAUAUAUUCUUAGGAAUUUCUCUUGGAUUUUCUUCCGAAUCCUUGCAGAAAUUCUUUAAGAAAUUUUCGGUGGGAGUUCUCUUGGAUUUAAUGUUUGAAUUUCUCAAGUCGUUUCUGCUUCAAUUUCUAUAGGAGUUGCUCACGAUAUUCCCCAGAACACAUAAGGAAUUUCUCACAAGGAGUUUCAACUGGAAUCCUAGCAGUGAUUUCUUCGGAGAUAUCCUCCAAUGUUGUUCUAGAAAUUACUUACCAAAAAAUUACUAGAAAUACUUACAAAAAAAAAACACUAGAAAUAACUUAACAUAAACUUCUCUGGGGUUUCCUUGGGGGUUUUUUUCAGAAAUUACUCAGUGGAUUCAUAUGGGAACUUCUCUAGACUGAAAUUACUCAUCAUGACUCAGUCAAAAUAGAUAUUUUCUUUCAAUUUCAAAUUCUGAGCAUAAAUUGCCAAUGUACUGUAACAGAAGGUUUAACAUAACGGAUUUUGAGAGAAUAAUUCGGCUUUUUCUUGCUACUGAGGGUAUCUUCAUUUCUUCUUUCAUUCAUGUACAUUUAUGGUAAUGAUCAUGAGAUUUGUACCUAAAACGGUUGGAUAUAUGCGCUUCAUAACUGGCAAUCCGCAAGCCAUAGCGAACCUGUGCUGCCCUUUCUGGCGCGAAUUCGCGCGGAUGCAGUACUGUAGAUGCGUGAUCUGUAGUGGGCGACCGAAUGCAUCAUCAAUGUCUCCCUCUUCCGAACAUUGCACUGAUCAGAAUUUUGACGUAGCAGGCGCCAUUUAUGGCGAUAAUUGCAGAUUGCAAGCAAACCACCAGCACUUACACACCUGAGGUGUUCAGAUUAUCUCUUUCGGAAGCAUAAUAACGAAGCAACAUUGCAGUAAAAGUUGAUAAGGAUUUUGUGGGAGUUUACAGUUAAUUUUGAAAGCGUUGCGUAAAGGACAUGUUAACUAUUCAGUCGGGACAACCAGGGAAGCUUCGUAACAAUCUGAAAAAUGAGGAAUUUUAGUAAGUCACUGGGAAUUUUCAACUCACUUCCUUUCAAUUAAUGCUAUAUGUACAAACCUCAAAUUCUUAAAACCAUCAUAAAACCGAAAUGAAAGGUAUUUGAUUUACGGUUCUCAAAAUAUCUACAAAAGUAAUUGGUCUUCAAAAUGCUACUUGAGAAAGAGAAGCCGUAACUAAACAACUAAUCAGCCUAUAUUUGAAAGUUAUCGUUGAGUUACUUUGGUUAGUUGCAAAGAAGUUCGUUGAACUUUAAACUAAAGGUUAUUCAAACAUCGCUUCUGUUUGAGGCUGGUUUUUUAAUUAAUUCCAGAACAAAUAUCAAAUUUAAUGAACUUUUGGAUACCGAUCUAAAACGUGGUAUCAAAAGGUAAAAUCGAAAGAUAUUUAAAAUUAAUUUUAAACAUAAAAACAAAGCUCAAAAAAUGAUAAUUUGAGGAUUUCAAGAAGGAGCUCUUUCAAAUUAGAUAUGAAAAGGUUUUUUUUUAUUUCAGAACCCAUGUGAAUUGGGUUUUGAGAUCACUUAAAUUUUGAAAGGUCAACUUUGAAGAAUCUUUUCCAGUAUACUGAUUGUAUUCAUGAAGAUAUUUCUGAAAAUAAUUUAGAAAAAUACAUCUGAUUAAAUUGACGUCAAUGUAUGGUAAAGUUUUACUGGCAUAAAUCUUAAAAAAAUAUAUGGAAAGAUUUUCAUCUUAAUUCAUGAUAAAAUUGAAUCCAUUUCUGACGAAAUUUCUGAAACACUUUUUCGUUCAGAUUCCAAAGCUGACUUUGAUAUUAUCUAUAAAUAAAAUAUGAUUUUCAGAAACUACUGUGUUUUUUACAAAUAUUGUUUUGCAAUAUAAGUUUGAGUAUAGGUUUAAGUUCUGCAAAUACUCAUUGAAAAUAAAUCGCAAAUGUUUUCAAAAAAAGAAAAAAAAUCGAUACCGAAAUACAUUAAGGGGAAUUUUUUCGGGGCUUCCCGAACCCUAAUAUUUUGCAGUAUUUUUGAACUCCAUAAGCUGAUGAUUAUUUUAGUGUAGAAACAUGUCAUGUACACUAAAAUUAAAUUGUCGACCUCAGCAACUAUUUUCACUUAAUUAUUUUCACUAAAAGUUUGACCACUGUAAUCCAACUUUUUACCAAGAUUUCGACACCGAGACUCUUUAAUGGUUUACCGAAAUUUCGGUAAAAUUUCUGGGUAAGAGUUUUUAAAUUGUUUAUUUUUUCUUAUUGUAAAAAAUAUUUAUAUAUUUUUUUAAUUUAGCUAUAAUUUUGAAGAUUGUGGCAUGUGCUCACUAACAUCGCAAUAUUCAUCAAUCUGAUGCAAAAAAAGGUUUUAGAUGGUCGAAGCAUGUUAACUUCAUUUUCUAUUUAUGCAAAAUAAUAAAAAAACUGGUAGACUGUAACGUAAAAUGCUAGAAUUUUAGUAAAUUCCAUAUUUUCAAAAUCUGUAGAGCUCAAUUUAAAAAUAUAAAAAUUGUUCUAAGCAUUGUGAUUAGAGCAUAGUCUCGAGAAAACAACAAGUGAUUAUGCACCAAACACUUUGGAGACGUUCGCGACUUCAGUUGUAUUUUGUAAACAAAUGAUAAUUGGUAAUAUUGCGGAUGUCAAUUUGUCUAUUUUUGCUCAGGCUAACCAAGCCAAGUGGAAAUUACAACGUUUGAUUGCUCUGACCUGACAGAAACAUGUGUUUGAUGAAAAAAAUUAGAUUUUAAUUACGAAAAGAAAUCCACGUGCUCCGGUGGGAUUCGAACCCACGACUCCCAAUUCGCUUGACGGGCGCUUCUCUCCUGCAAGCUACGGAGCCACUUGACCAUUUUCGAAAAUAAUUCCUCUCUUGCUCUGACAUGAAUGCACAUGGCACACAACAGAGACGUGUAGAUGUUCAUCUAAUUGUAUUAGAAAGAGAUUUGCAUUGCGAAAAGGAACAAACCACGAGCAUUAAUAGUGGAAUCGAGUUCAGUUCUGUGCCUUCAGGGAACGGAGAUAGUCAUGUGACUCCGUAGCUUGGAGGAAAAUAGUGCCCGUCUAGUGAAUUGGGAGUUCUGGGUUCGAUUCCUACCGGAACACGUGCAUUUCUUUUCAAAAUUCAUAUCUCAAUUUGUUUAUUAAACACAUGUUUCUGUUGUACGCAAAAAAGUCAGACCAAUUAAACGUUGGUUAUACUACGGAGCAUAUUACUCUGAUGCCUGGCAUAGUAAGAUUUAUAUCCCAUACGAGAAACGUAUAAAAUUUCAAAAUUCCAUUCUUCUCAUGAAUGCCACAUAUUCCUUAAACCAACCCACCGUGCACCGCAGCCAAUCUCUCAUAUUUGCCAAACCUACAGAAACGGAAAAUUACGACCACGACAAGUUAGGCGUCCGGGGUUCAGGGGAGAGAAGGACCACUGGGCUGGCUGGCUGAUGAUUCCGGUAGGUGGUGGAUUAUUGUUUGAGUUUUCGUUUUAUGAUCUGGUUCCAUACGGUUAGCCAGUGCCAAGCUCGCUCGCUCAGUUGUACCAGAGCCGACGACGACGGUUAUCUCUCUCGCAGCUAGAGCUCAGCUAAAAGCUGCCUCGAAGCGCACUGUACCUACUACUAGCGACUGGGUCCAUUUGGUGUGCCGGUUGUUCUCCGGAGGUCUACACCGAAAGGAAUCACGCUAGGUUGAAGGCAAAUAGAUAAGAACUUUCCCGGGUGCGCUCUCUGUGGGUGCUGAUGCUGGGAUGCUCUGGCUUGGCUGGGGUCGAGACUUUGUUGUCUGUCUGUACUCUGUGCCCGGACCGAUGAUGGGAUAUGGUGGGUAUUUAGGGGGCUUUGCCGAUUGUAAUGACCUCCCCGGAGUGGGAUCGGAAUGUUUUGGGAAUUGGAACAACGCGAACGACGGGAUCCCGUAUAGGAGGAAGACGAUAAGGAUGGUGAAGGAAAAAAAAGUUGGAAGUUGAAAAAUGGACAAAGUUUAGGUUUUUACUAAUUUCGGAGUUUUGGAAAGAUAUGCUGCCAAUCUCCAAAUAAUUUGCAGUACUUCUUCCUUUGAGUUUUGAUUGAUUUAUUAUUCAUCCUGAAAUUUUGAAAGGUGAUUAAAUUACAUCAUAAAGAUGGUGGUUUAGCUCCACAUCAUGUUAAGAGCUUGUAACAUCUCAGAUAACUUUUAGUGCCCCAUAUACUGGUAAGCCCCAAAGUAAUUGUCGCGGAAGGGACAUUCUUGCUGGAAUUCCUUCUAUGAGUUUUACAAGAACUUAUCUCUACACAAUUCUCUAGGUUUACCUUCAGGGACACCACCAAACAAUGCAUUGAAGGUUCUUUAAGGAUUUGUCAGAAAUUUGUUGAAAUGUUUACCGAAAGAAGAUUCUCGCAGGAUUUAUCAAAAAGGCUUAAGCAAGCUUUCCUCUAAAGGUUCCUCUUAGGACCUCUUCAAAACGCAUUCCUGUUCAUGGAUUUCUUUGAAAAUUUCUUCAGUGAUUCCUCCAGAGAUUCUUUCGAGAAUUACACCAGGAAUUUUGCUUGGCACUUUGUUACGAGAUUCUCAAGAAAUUUCUCAAAAGAUUCAUGUUGAAACUGGUCCACGCGUUUCCUCAGAAAUUUCUUGCGAAAUUCGUCCUGAGAAUCCUUAAUUCUAAAAAUGGCAGGACGGCCAAAUAAAAAAAAAAAAAACGAGAUCUCAUUGGUUUUUCAAGCUUUUAAGCUAACAUUUUGUAUACACCAUGGGGAAUAGCUGUACUAAAAGAUGAACAGAUGGACAUUCCCUGCACCCUCCCUCUUUUGGUUGGGUGUCGAUAUUGGUGUUUUUUUUUGUAUUUUUCGGAAUAUUCCGUGAAAUUGGGUUUUUAAAUUAAGAAAAAUGUAUUGAUUUUUCGAUUUUAUACGAAAGAACACAUUUUUUCUGAACUACUAUGAUUUUACAAAAUGCGACGAGGGGUGAUUUGACAAAUCGCUCCCAUACAAAUUUCAAACUGAUUUUUAAAUAGGUUCCCGGGCACCAAAAUUCAUGAAAAUUUGGAUUUCGACUCAGUUUUGCAUGCAGAUUCAGAAUAUGGCAUCAUCUCAACACGGCUAAAGGAGCCAAUUGUCUACAUUCAAGACUUUUGUCGUGCGGGAUUAUGUAAGAAAUUCCUUCAAAGUUUGCUACAUAAGUUCAUGCUUGCAUUUUUUCAUUCGAACUUCUUAAGGAAAUUUUCUAGGAAUUUCUGCGGGAAUUCCUCCAAAAGUUUCUUCAAAAACUCAAUUCCAGGAUAUUUUUUGCACAAAAACUUGGUAAUUAUUCCUUAAGUGCUUUCAUUUAGAAAUUUAAAAACUUUCCAGAAAAGUUUCCUGGAAUUGCUGUUUGAAUUUCUUCAUUGAUUCCUUCAGAUAUUAUUCAGGGAUUUUCUCGUUAAUUCAUUUGGAAAUUGCUCUAGAAAUUGCUCAAGAGAUUAUUUUGUCAUUUUCUUCAGGGGUUUCUCCAACAUUUCCUACAGCUAUUCCUCCAGGCAUUACUUAUAUUUAUCACAGAUAACAGAUGUUUAUGCUUGCAUACGAAAUGUGUGUAAAACCUUUCAAUUGUCAUUUCAUGAAGGAAACCUAACUGGCAAUUAUUUGAAGAGGGCGCACCAUCGCAUUCAUAACGCGUGAGUGCAAAUGACAAACACAAAUAAUGCCUUUCAGGGAGCAAUUACUGCAGCAAUGCGUUGCAUAGAUGGUAGCAGCGAGCAACAUGUUUGAUUUUUAUAGGUUUUACACAGUAACAUCAGUUUUGUGUGAAUUUACUCAGAUCUCCCUUUAGGGAUGUCUGACAGAUUUUGAUUACUCGAAUGCAGGAAAGCUUUUUUUACUUUUUUAGAACCGAAACAUUUAGUGGAAAAUAAACGCUAUUUUUGUGAGAAUAUUUAAGUAUAUGAAACUCCUGGGAGCUACAUAUGUAAAGAAUAGCCCAGAUUUAAAAUAAGGAAAAAUCAUUGAUCAAACUAUUACCACUAUUAUUAUUAGCUUUAUUAAUAAGGCUUUCUGGCCGUGACUGGUUCUUCUGAGUAAAAGUAUUACCAGUUGCAACGCUAACAAAUUACUUGAAAGAAUGGCAUUUGUUUGAAAGACGGAUACAUAAAUGAUGAUCACAUUAGCAGUCGGAAUGCCAAAAAGUUCCUUAGUAGUAAGACCAGAAGGAACAACAUAUGCUCAAAGAAGGAAAAUCUUUGUUGAAAAUAUGACCAACCACUUGGAUUAUUACCCUGAGCUGUUCUCCAUACAGGUUUGUGGGUACAUCAUUCGGGGUUAUGUCCUACAGUCACCUAAUGAAAAUGUACACAAUAUAUCAUGGACUCACGCCACAGUUAUUUGCAUCAUGUGCCACAGAAAUAUUCACGUUUUAUCCUACCUGUGUAGGCUUUCCAGUACCGAAUGUUUCAUUGCUUGUAUCAUUCGAAUUCUUAAAAUUGACUUAAAACAGAUUUCCUGUACCUGGUUGAUCUACUAGUUCUACAUUCUUUACUAGUUCCAAACAAUUAAUAAAAUUACAGCUCAAAAGGCACUCUACCUAUAUGUUGUGAAUUUUGUAUUUUUCCAUCACGUAUACAGCCAAGAGUCACGCAGGGAUGCACGCACUACAACGUAUAAAGUACUAUUUUGAAUCACUAUCGAAAAUAUCAACAGUGGGUGAACAAUUUUAAUCGCACAUGCCGUUAUUUUUUGUACUUAUUGCGAUGAAUCCAGAAAGCUCAUAUAAGCAUACAAAUAAACUCAUGUAAGACUGCAAGGCAAUAAACGAUAUUCUAAUUAUUUAUUUCCAUGAACAUUACUUACUCACAAAAGUAUGUAAGCGAACUCACAGAGUACCUGGAUAACCAGGAAUUGCAUAGGGAUGCUCGCAGUACAUCGUAUAAAGUACUAUUUUAAGUUACUAUCGCAUAAAUGUUCUGCAAAGGGACAAUUUUCAUCGCAUAUGAUGUUGGUUUUUGAACUUAUUACGAUGUAUCUGGUAAAGUCAUAUAAGAAUACAAAUUAACUUUUAUAAGGUAUGACUACAUCAUAGUUAUCGAUAUUCAGAUAUUUUAUUGUGCUGAACUUCACUUAUUUUUAGGUUCCUAGAGAAUCGGAAAAGUGUGCGAGCGAACUCGCAAAGUGUCAAAAGGAUUCGCAUGCGUACUUCGAUGAUUAUACGACUUCAUUUGGUGUUUUUCUUAUUAUGUCAGUUAAACUUGAAUUGAUGUACGAAUGAAAUCGAAUUAAUGUAAAAAUGAACUCGUAAGAGAGCAUAUACAAACUCGUAAAAGUUAGAAUCGUUCAAGUUGAUAUAGAGCGAUGUGAUAACAAUAUAAACGGCGCUGUUGAACUGCGGAAGCAGUGCCAAAAGCUUCAACCAAGUGAAAAGCCAUCAUCAUGGUUACAAAGUCAUCAUUUUUUGGGUGGCGCUAGCUUGGAAGGGGUAUUGAAAACUGUACGAGCAAUUACGCCUUGUCGUCUGAAUGUCCAGAUAGUCUGCCAAACACGCACAGACAAACCAAGUGCAUUUAAGCAUUUCAAACAAUGAAGUGAGUUAGAAUGUCAUGAUGAUUAAAUAACUUGUUUUGUAAGUACUCUUUGAUGUUAAGUUUAAAGUGUGGCUCGAUAUCUCAAAGGCCAGUAGUUCAAAACUGAUGUAACAAAAAUUGUUUCUUUUUCGAAUAUUAUUAACCCUCGAGCAAUCGCGCUGUUGUAUUCUGUACAACACGCUAAAAAAUCUCGCUAUAUGUACUCAGCAUUAGCGUGGUGCUGACGCAGGUAGCCAACCGCGCGAGUUACGGUAGGUUAAGUCGCAUAAGAUGCUAUAUUACAUCGCAACAGUGGCAUAAAUGUCCCAAAUGGAGGAUAACGUGCCUAUGUAGCCGGCCUUCUGAUACUUGCCAAUGCUCGUAUACUUUUGUACGUGUAAGACACUUUUGCUGCAUAUUAUGCAUGUAACUUUACCGCAAAAAAGUGCGUAUAUAAGAAUACAAAUUAACUUUUAUAAGGUAUGACUACAUCAUAGUUAUCGAUAUUCAGAUAUUUUAUUGUGCUGAACUUCACUUAUUUUUAGGUUCCUAGAGAAUCGGAAAAGUGUGCGAGCGAACUCGCAAAGUGUCAAAAGGAUUCGCAUGCGUACUUCGAUGAUUAUACGACUUCAUUUGGUGUUUUUCUUAUUAUGUCAGUUAAACUUGAAUUGAUGUACGAAUGAAAUCGAAUUAAUGUAAAAAUGAACUCGUAAGAGAGCAUAUACAAACUCGUAAAAGUUAGAAUCGUUCAAGUUGAUAUAGAGCGAUGUGAUAACAAUAUAAACGGCGCUGUUGAACUGCGGAAGCAGUGCCAAAAGCUUCAACCAAGUGAAAAGCCAUCAUCAUGGUUACAAAGUCAUCAUUUUUUGGGUGGCGCUAGCUUGGAAGGGGUAUUGAAAACUGUACGAGCAAUUACGCCUUGUCGUCUGAAUGUCCAGAUAGUCUGCCAAACACGCACAGACAAACCAAGUGCAUUUAAGCAUUUCAAACAAUGAAGUGAGUUAGAAUGUCAUGAUGAUUAAAUAACUUGUUUUGUAAGUACUCUUUGAUGUUAAGUUUAAAGUGUGGCUCGAUAUCUCAAAGGCCAGUAGUUCAAAACUGAUGUAACAAAAAUUGUUUCUUUUUCGAAUAUUAUUAACCCUCGAGCAAUCGCGCUGUUGUAUUCUGUACAACACGCUAAAAAAUCUCGCUAUAUGUACUCGGCAUUAGCGUGGUGCUGACGCAGGUAGCCAACCGCGCGAGUUACGGUAGGUUAAGUCGCAUAAGAUGCUAUAUUACAUCGCAACAGUGGCAUAAAUGUCCCAAAUGGAGGAUAACGUGCCUAUGUAGCCGGCCUUCUGAUACUUGCCAAUGCUCGUAUACUUUUGUACGUGUAAGACACUUUUGCUGCAUAUUAUGCAUGUAACUUUACCGCAAAAAAGUGCGUAUAACAUGGUCAUUAAUUCCAUUAUACGUGCAAAUCUGUUGUCUGGAUAUCAAUUGAAUUUGCAUGAUUGUGUACUACGAUGACUACACUUCCUUUGGAACUUCUUCUGGUAAUGUCCGUUUAACGCAUAUUUGCGUAUGAGCAAACUCCCAUAAAUACAAAAUCAACUCGUUAAAGUGUACAUACAGAGUCGCAUAAGCGGGAAUCGUUCAUUUUGAUAUAAUGCAAUUGAUUGUGUGAUUACAAUAGAAAUGCUACUGUUAAGCCGCAGCUGUAGGGCCAAACAGCUGCAAGAAAUCAUUACAAAACCAUUAUUACAAAAUCAUCAUUUUUGUUUUUUAUGGUCGCGAGCCGUUAUUAUUGUCACGCCAAUGCACGUAUAUCGAUUCAAAUUUGAAUGCAUAGGUACGUAUAACACGCCCAAUUAACAUUUUGAUGGCCAAUUAUAGAGCUUUUUAGAACCGUUAUAAAACAUACUACCAUUAAUUUUGGUUUUAUAAUGGUUCUUAGAACCUUUUAAAGUCUACCUACCUUGAUAACUCGUUGGCUACAAAGUAACUUUACUCCAACACCGAGCGUAUAGAAGAGCACAAUCUUCGUCGGUCUUGAGCGAUGUUACUCCAGUUUCCUCGAACGUGAUCCGCAGAUCUUUUUCAAUCGAGUGCAGCCAGCGCGUUCGCGGCUGCCCACAAAGUCGCCGACCUCUUCCUGAUUCCCUGCUGAAUAUUGUUUUCGCUAUUCUUGCUUCUGACAUUCGCACUACAUGUCCAGCCCACUGAAGGCUGCCGUAUUUUAUACGUUUCACAAUAUUCGCAUCUUUGUACACUUGGUGCAAAUCGUGAUUCAUGCGUCUAUUGUUUCCAACCAAGAAUUGACCUCUUCUAGUCUAUUUGACUAAGACCUCUUCUAGUUUAUUCGGAAAACUGUGCUUCGUGCUAUUUUCAUUAGUUGUGAACUAAGUUUGUAUAUGCUCAAAUUCCUCUAAAGAAAUCAAAACUAAGAAGCAUCUCGUCUUAACCAAUAUCAGCUGGCCAAACAAUCCGACAGAGCCCCAACGGCGCACAACCAAAGUGAUAAACUCCAGAAAAAUUAAUCCAGUAAAGACAGCUCUCAGCGGCGCAGCCGCACAUGCCAUUCCGUGUGUACUACACUUACGACUGUUCCCGCCUUACGUUUACCUUUCCCCUGAUUCAGCACGGCAGGGAAAAAAAAGUAACAAAAAACCUGUGGCGCACAUGCGCACAGCACAGUUUGUUGGGAUCUCCCUGAAAAAGAGAGACGGAACAAAAAGCGCAAAAAUGUGGAUGCUGUUAGUGGCGGUCCCGGCCGUCGCUGCUGGUCCGUUUUGGUUUGGUUGUAGGCAAAUAUGUACACAAAAUCACGGCAACAACAUAACUGAGCGCCGAAAGAAGGAGACGAAGACUCUGGGGGGUGACGAAGAAGACUAUGACGACGAAAGAGCCUCAGCCACGACUGUUUGACUAAAAUGUGAUCUACUAUACAUUAUAUAAUUUAUCUUGAAAUUAUCUGCGAGAAGAAGGGAGGAAGAAGCACAAACAAAAGGAACCCGAACAACGUAUAAAUAAUAAACCAUAAAGUGUAGACAACUGCCAUGCAGCCAUGAAGCCACGAACUCUAGACUUUGAGCUGAGCGAGGGAAACGUUAUAGGGAAGAGUAGGCACCAAAGGCCCCGGUUCAGCUCUACCCGAAAGCGAAGAAGAUUUAGCGUGUACAAACAUGGUCAUAAAAUCCUAUCUUCCAGCCCAGAGGGGGAGCACUCGCAAGCAUGUAAAUAGAUAAAGUAGUUCAUCGCGAAGAGACCCUCCACAACAGAGAACAGCAAGACACAAAAAAAUGUUGAAACAAAAACAAAGUAUUAGCGAGCGACAGAGUCACACAAAAGUCGUUUCCUUUUUGUGUCGAGAUAGCCAAGCCAGUUGCCCACCCUUUGCAGCCACAUUCGCUUGCAGUAUCGGUCGGAAACAAAGCUGAACGAAAACAGUAAUUUCUUCAUAUUGUAGCUAUACACAAUUGUAAAAAGUAGGAACAAAUCUGUACCAAAAAAUACGAAACGAAGGCACGCCACAGUCGCAAACAUCAGACAAACGCAGUUUUUUUUAGAAUGAUGAAUGCAACAACGAUCAACUUUUUCAGCCAUAUAGGUUGAUUUUCAUGGGCUUCCAUUUUCUGGUUGUAUCAUGGUUUUGGACUCAGACUACACACAUUCUGUUGUUACAUUCGUCGUUCCGAAAAACUGCGCCUGAAAAUCUCUUUCUCCCCCUAUAACGCCUGGGACUUCGCAUCGCAAGCACCCCGCGUAAAAUUCAAAGCUAAGCCUUGCGAAGAAAGACGCACCGUCGCGGUCGCGUAGUCGUCGACAACUCAAAAGACUUCACCGCUCUCCAGCAGUCAAGCGACGAACCUUUGCCGACGGGAUGAUUGUCAAGCCGUCGCGCGCCGUCGUCUUGUGCAGGAGCCACACGCUUUCCAGAGCAUUGCAUUGCGUCUCACUUUGAGCCUAAUCGGACGGCAUAAAUUUCCCAAAUUUCUGCCAGCAAUUUUUAUCGUUUGCGUUUGCGUUGAACUUCCGGGUAGCUUUGUAGUGCAGUGUGCGACCAGGCCUUAUCCAUUCAGCCUUCCUAACUGAUAGUUUCCGCAACCGUGUAGCCCGUCAAAUCCCGUAAGUGAUUUAAUGGAAAUUUUCUCCCUCUAAUUCAAACAAAACUAAAUGAAAACAAAAAAAAUGAAGUCAACACAGAGCAGAAGCAUUAGAAAACCAGUUUCGGUUUGUUGGAAUUUAAAUUGUGAUCUAGUCGGUAGUAGUUGUUUCUAGUUCAAAAUUAUUGCAUUUUGUUGUACUGUUUUUUCGGAUCUAGUUAAGGAAAUCAAUCGAAAACUGCUACAGAGAUGUUAUGUUUAAGCAAAUUCAGAAGAGCUGAAAAUUUGUAUCGAAAUUUGUUAUAUUGCUAUGUAAGAAACCGAAACGAUGUGUAAAAAAAGAACGCUGUUGUAAUAAAGACCUUCUAAUAUAUCGCAAACUAGAAUAAGAAAUCUCUAUAGAACUGAAAAUAAUUGUACAGUGUAUCGUAAGAAACGGUUCCAAUGUGAUGGAAAUGUAUGUAUGAUGUCGAGUAGUGUAAAUUAUUUGUAAAUAUUGCCAAUGAUGUACAUUUGUAGCUAUUAUGAUAAAUUUAAUAAAUAUAUGAAAAUUGAAUCGAUAA